UAGAAUGAAUUUAGAUUCAUUGAAUGAUUGAAUUAGAGUUUGAGUGAUUUUUCGAUUAAUAUUUUUAAGUUUUUUAGAUUUUUAGGCUAAUCGUUUAGAGAAUUUUAUUGUAAUUUAUCAUUGUGUACCUAUUAGCAGAGUUGAAAAUGGACAAUAAUGCAGUAUUUGAUUUAAUUGAUGGGUACAGAAGACUGCCUAUUCUGUGGGACACUAAAAAUCCCAAGUACAUGAACAGAAAUUUGCGGGAGGAUGCGUGGAAAGAGUUAUCUGAAAUUUCAAGAACCUCAAUUAAAGAUGUGAAGAAAAAAAUUUCAUCGCUAUUGGGGUCAUACAGAAGAGAGAAUAGCUGUCAUAAAAGCAGCUUGGUAACCGGUUCUGGUGGAGAUGACGUUUACAAAAGCAAGUGGUUUGCAUACAAUCUUUUCAAGCAGUUUCUUGGUGACAAGAGCAUUCCAAAAGAUGCAAUGGACACGUUGGAAAGUAAAGAUGACAAUCCAGAAGAAGGAGCUGCAUCUCAGAGACUGGAUGUAGGAGAGCCAGCUCCUGAAAUUAGGCCUACUGAAGAGUCUCAUUCUAUGGAUGAAGAAGGAGCUCAAAAAAGAAAAAGAAAACGUUCAUCAGACCCCCAGAAUGAAAUGUUUUUGGAGGCAUUUCAAAUAUUGAAAAAAUCAAGCAGUAAUGUUCCUAUUGAAGAUGCUUUCAAUUCAUUUGCACUGCACGUUGCAAAUGAAAUGAGAAAAUAUGAUGAACGCAUUCUUCCUUAUGUGAAAAGAGAAAUAUUAAAUGUACUAUUCAAAGCUGACACUGGAGGGUUCAACCAUCUUAUAAGCUCCUCACCUGCAAUCCCCUCAACUUUCUCCACAAUCAAUCAUCCUUUAACAUCCCACAUUCCCUCUCCCUCAACCUCAACUACAACCCCACACCACAACUACUGUAGAACAUCUACGAUGUCUGCUCCUCCUUCUCCCACAACACCUCACACAAUUACAUUUGAUCUUGAUGAGGAAUGCACAUGAUCGACCACCAGGAGGAGUUGUAGUUUUAAUAGGCUAGGUAUUUUUUAUUGUAUCAUAGUUAUAGAUGUAUAAGGCCUUUUAUAUGUAAAUAGUAUUUUC